AAGAGGAGGAGGAAGAGGUGGCAGAGGAGAAGAAGAAGAAGCCUCAGGCUCUCCCAUCAAAGGAGGACUCUGUGGUUGAGGAGAAGGAGCUGGAGGAGAGCAGGCUGGAGCAGCAAGAGCAGUCCUCAGAGGCGACUGCUGCACCCUCUACUCUCUUACAUGAUGAUGCAAGUGGCAGGGGGUCCAAGGAGCUCCAGAGCCAGUUUCAGACGGUCAGAGCUAAUGGAGGAGAUGAGACAAACAGCAGCAAGUCCCAGGCAGACAGUGGGGAAGGAGCGGUGGGGGACUGUGCAGCGUCUCCUCUCGAUCCUGACAAUGAGUCUCAGCUAAGUCCGGUUGGUAUUCUGUCCAAGGACCGAGGCACUGUUCUCGGGGAGGUGGCUCCGGUGUGGGUCCCUGAUGCUCAGGCACAGGUCUGUAUGAAGUGUGGAGUCAAGUUUACGUUUACGAAGAGGAGGCACCACUGCCGCGCCUGUGGGAAGGUUUUUUGUGCACUCUGCUCCAAUUUGAAGUUCAGACUUACACAUCUGGAUGGCAAGGAGGGCCGAGUUUGUGUUUCCUGUCAUUCAACCCUCCUCAAAAGGACACCUCCGAGGGGGAAGAGGAGGGUGUGGUUUGCAGAUGACAUCCUCCCCAAUAAGCAGUCAGAGUCUGCACCGACCACGCCAGUCAGAGGGUUCUCGCCUCUGAUGAGACGAGCGCUGGGCGGGCCCGUCAGAAGUCCUGUGGGUUCACCACAAAUCAGGAGAGCUUUGCGGCCACACGGGACAAAUAUUAAUGAGGCUUGUGGCCCUUACGGCUGGGGCACCACAGCUUUAGUGAGCAGCUCUGCCAACCUCAUCCCCCUGGACGGCCUGCCACCCAUCCUCACGUCCACAGGAGUCAAAGGAGAUUACACUGUGGAGGAGCAGCCCUCUGAGAUGCUGCUUAUUCAGGAGUUGGAGAGUGGCAGGCCCAAACCUCUGGUGUUUGUCCUCAAUGCCAAUCUGCUUGCUAUGGUGAAGCUGGUCAACUAUGUUAACAGGAAGUGCUGGUGCGUGACGACAAAGGGGAUGCAUGCUGUGGGCCAGGUGGAGGUGGUGGUGCUGCUGCAGUGCCUGCCAGAGGAGAAAAGCUUCCCCAAAGACAUUUUCAGCCACUUUAUCCAACUGUACAGGGACACCCUCACAGGAAAGGUUGUGAAACACCUAUCGCUAUCCCUGUUUGGCACUAGUUUCCUGGGCAGCGAGGAGCACGUAGGCUUCCUGUACAUUCGCUCCACUCUCCAGUCCCUUCAAGGUCUACCUCUGCCAAACCAGCCCUACCUCUUCGGCCUGCUGGUCCACAGAGCAGAGGUGACCUGGGCCAAAGCCUUUCCUCUGCGUCUCAUGCUGCGAUUGGGGGCUGAGUACAGAUUUUACCCGUGUCCUCUCUACAGCGUGCGUUUUAGGAAGCCCUUAUUUGGGGAAAUUGGCCACACCAUCAUGAGACUAUUAGUGGACUUCAGGAAUUACCGUUACAGCCUACCAAUGGUGCCGGGGCUCACUGUGGAUCUUGAGGCUCAGAGGACCUGCAUAAAGAUACCGACCACUGGGUAUAAUGAGCUAAUGAAGGCUUUGAAUAAAUCCAAUGAGCAUGUGCUGGCCAUCGGGGCGGGCUUCAACGAGACUGCAGACUCCCACCUUAUCUGUGUGCAAGGAGACGAUGGCCAGUACCAGACUCAAGCCAUCAGCAUCCACAAUCAGCCGCGCAAAG